CCACUCCAUCGCCAAGAAACAAAACAAAGAACAGAAUGUCGGGCAACAAAUACUGUUUCGCCAUCGAUCGCGGAGGCACCUUCACGGAUGUAUUGUGCAUCUGUCCCGGCGGAAAAGUCCGCACUAUGAAACUGCUCUCCGAAGAUCCGGAACGUUAUAGCGAUGCCCCACGCGAGGGCAUCCGCCGGAUUCUUAAAGAGGAGACCGGGGAGGAUUUGGCAGCCAGUGGUUUGGUAGACACCUCAAAAAUUGGAUGGGUUCGCAUGGGCACCACCGUGGCGACCAAUGCUCUAUUGGAGCGUAAGGGAGAUCCAGUGGUUUUGGUGGUGAACAGUGGUUUCCGGGAUCUGCUCUACAUUGGCAACCAAGCGAGGCCAAAGAUCUUUGAUCUUAAUAUUCGCAAGCCUGCGAAUCUGUAUAAAUCCGUAGUCGAGGUAGACUGCCGCAUUGUUCCAGAGCAAGCUGAGCGGUGUGAGCUGAAUCACAGCUGGAAGGUGCUGGAGGGUGUGGCCGGCACCAAGUAUCUGGAGGUUCGCCCAGUGGAUGAGGUGGCCGUACGAGAAUCUCUCUCCGCCGCCCGAAACCAGGGUGUCUCUUCUGUUUCCGUGGUAUUGGCCCACAGCUACGCUUGUCCGGAACACGAACUCCGGGUGGGAGCGAUUGCCCGGGAGCUAGGAUUCAGCCAUGUAACUCUAUCCCACCAGGCGAUGCCCAUGUGUCGGGUGGUGGCCCGUGGCUAUACCGCCUGUGCGGAGGCCUACCUGACACCCCAUGUGGAUCGCUACUUGGCCAGUUUUAAAUCUGGUUUUGACAAGCAAUUGGAAGGUGUAGAUGUGCUCUUCAUGCAAUCCGAUGGAGGCCUGACCAAUAUGGAGAACUUUCGUGGAGCGCGUGCCAUUCUUUCCGGUCCAGCGGGUGGAGUUGUAGGAUACGCUUUGACAGGAGCCCGGGAAACAGAUCUACCACUUAUCGGUUUCGAUAUGGGCGGUACCUCGACAGAUGUGUCCCGCUAUGCCGGAACGUAUGAACACGUGAUCGAAAGUACCACGGCUGGAGUAACUAUCCAGGCUCCUCAGUUAGACAUCAAUACCGUAGCUGCAGGUGGCGGAUCAAGGCUGUUCUUUCGAUCCGGCAUAUUUGUGGUGGGUCCGGAAUCAGCAGGAUCUCAUCCGGGACCUGCUUGCUACAAGAAGGGAGGCCCGCUGACAGUCACCGAUGCCAAUCUUAUACUGGGUCGCAUUCUGCCGCAGUUCUUCCCCAAGAUCUUUGGUCCGAAGGAGAACGAACCGCUGGAUCAUGAGAUCGCCAGAAGUAAAUUCGUAGAGUUGCAGACAGAGAUCAACGAGCAUUUGAAGGCUUCCGGAGAUAAUCGGGUCUUGAGUGUUGAGGAAGUGGCUUUGGGAUUCAUUCGAGUGGCCAAUGAAACUAUGUGUCGACCUAUUCGAGCGUUGACUCAAUCACGAGGAUUGGAUACAGCUAAUCAUGUACUCUCCUGCUUUGGAGGAGCUGGUGGCCAGCACGCCUGUGCCAUUGCUCGGAACUUGGGGAUUGCCAAGGUUGUAGUUCACAAGUACGCUGGAAUACUUUCCGCCUAUGGAAUGGCCCUGGCUGAUGUGGUCCAAGAGGUUCAGGAGCCAAAUGGCCUGGAGUUUAGUGAUGCAAAUGCCAAGCAGCUAAAGGAGCGAUUAGAUGCCUUGUCGCAGCAAUGUCACGACCAGUUAGCUGAACAGGGAUUCAAACGGAUUGAACUGGAGCCCUUUCUGCAUUUACGGUACGAAGGCACCGAUGGCGCUUUGAUGGUUGCUCCGGCAACUGGAAAACAGUCCUCGGCUUCAAAUCCUCUUUUAGCAGCAUACGGGGAUUUCAAUGCCACCUUCUUGGAGCGCUAUCGCACAGAAUUUGGUUUCGUAUUGCAAAACAGACGUAUCAUUGUGGACGACAUUCGCAUUCGAGGAUUGGGCAAGAACGACACACCACCGGAGUCUAAAGUUCAAAAUGCCUCUGAAGUUACACCCCCAGCUGAAUCGAAUUCACAGUGUCGUCUUCACUUCGACCAGGGCAGCUUUGACGCACCGAUUUACCUGACCAAGAACCUUCUGGCCGGUCAUAGGAUUACUGGACCAGCUGUGCUUAUAGAUCAGCUCUCAACCAUAGUCGUCGAGCCAGAGUGCAGUGUCCAAGUUACUCAGUUCGGGGACCUUAUCAUGGACGUCAAGACGGGUGGAAAACAUGGCAUUAAUGCAGACUUGGAUCCAGUGCAUCUGAGCAUAUUUAGCCACCGUUUUAUGAGCAUCGCCGAGCAAAUGGGCAGAGUACUUCAGCGUACUUCGAUUUCAACAAAUAUCAAGGAACGUUUGGACUUUUCGUGUGCUCUUUUCGGACCGGAUGGCGGCUUGGUAAGCAAUGCUCCCCACAUUCCUGUUCAUCUUGGAGCCAUGCAGGAAACUGUCCAGUACCAGCUGAGAGUGAGAGGGGAAACCCUGAAGAACGGCGAUGUCAUACUGGCUAACCAUCCCUCGGCAGGAGGAUCUCAUUUGCCCGAUUUGACGGUCAUUACGCCAGUUUUUUAUGAGAAUCAUCCGAGGCCUGUUUUCUUUGUGGCUUCCAGAGGUCACCAUGCCGAUAUCGGCGGCAUUACUCCGGGGUCCAUGCCACCGCAUUCCACCUCGUUAGCACAGGAAGGUGCUGCCUUUAAGUCCUUCCUCAUCGUGGAGAACGGCCUGUUCCAGGAGCAACAAAUAAUCCAACAGCUUACCACGCCUACCGCUGCAAAGGGAGCGGUAGGCACCCGGAACCUCAGCGACAACUUGUCGGAUUUGAAGGCUCAAAUUGCAGCCAAUCACAAGGGCAUACAGCUGGUGGCGGAACUGAUUGACAGCUACGGAUUGGACGUGGUGCAGGCCUACAUGUCGCACAUCCAGAAGAAUGCCGAAUUGGCGGUUCGUGAUAUGUUGCGUCAAAUUGGUCGGGAUACGCUGGAACGCACUGGAUCCACGGUGCUAGAGGCAAAGGAGUUUAUGGACGACGGCUCUCCCAUCGCCCUUAAGGUGACCAUCGAUGCAGAACAGGGAUCAGCUCUGUGCGACUUCACCGGAUCAGGUGUGGAAGUCUGGGGAAAUUGUAAUGCCCCGCGAGCAAUCACCUUGUCCGCACUGAUCUACUGCCUGCGAUGCAUGGUGGGCCAUGAUGUGCCCCUUAACCAGGGCUGUCUGGCUCCCAUCCAGGUGAUCAUUCCGAAGAACUCCAUACUGGAUCCGUCUGAGGGUGCCGCCGUCGUUGGUGGAAAUGUGCAGACAUCGCAGCGCAUCGUGGACACGGUGUUAAAGGCUUUCGGAGUCUGUGCCGCCUCACAGGGAUGCAUGAACAACAUUACCAUCGGCGAUGAAACUUGGGGAUACUAUGAGACCGUGGCCGGAGGAGCUGGAGCCGGACCCGGAUGGCAUGGAGCCGGGGGAGUGCAUACCCAUAUGACCAACACCCGCAUAACCGAUCCGGAAAUCCUAGAGCUACGCUAUCCUAUGAUUUUAAAAAGAUUCUGCCUACGCACGGAUGACUCUGGUGGACGGGGGAAAUUCAACGGCGGUGAGGGUGUGGAGCGGAAUUUGCUUUUCCGUAAACCUGUGACCCUAUCCGUCCUGACGGAGCGACGAACCCUCCAACCCUACGGUCUUGCUGGCGGAGAAUCGGCCAAAAGUGGUCGCAAUUUGGUGGUCAAGCGAGAUGGUCGAGUGAUUGCUUUGGCUGGUAAAACCUGCAUUGAUGUGGAAGCUGGGGACACUUUUGCCAUGAAAACUCCUGGCGGUGGAGGAUUUGGACCAAUUGAAGAAUUUUCUGGUACCGGAGACGGCUUGAAUCAGGAGAACAGCAAGCGACACGUGGAGCGCGGAACGGUUUUCAACUACCUCCAGUCCCAGGAGUCUGCCUAGUGUUUUAAUUUGUUUUUUUUUCCGUGUGCCAUAUCAUUCAAAGUCUUUUAUGUUUUAUGUUUAAAUGUGAUAUAUAAUAUUUUUAGUUCAAAAAUAAAAAUAUGUCGCUUAUUUAGCAUUUUUAAUUUCUCGGCUUAGAAUUCAGCCUUAAAAGAAUACAUUUCACAAUAAGUAAAA